CAAUUUCUGUUUUUUUAAUCCCUACAUAUACGUAUGACGCUCAUCAACUUAGAACUCUCUUUCUUUGCUCUUCGUCGUCCAAUAUUCAAUGGAUCUCUAUCUAAGAAAUUUCUUCCUUCAUUUUUUGGCUUUGUUUUUUAUAAUUUAUUCUGUAUUAGUUGAGUUUUGGUGAUCAUUUGCUUAAUUUGCUGGGAUCCAUAUAUAUAAAUAUAGAUAUAUGGGAGCCGGUUGUAGCGUUAAGGCUGGCAGGUAUGGAGGGUCGAUCAUGGAAGAUCAUCAUGUCGAUGAGAAUGGAGACAAGGUUCAUGUUGAAGAGGAUCAUGCACAACUGCAUGGAGAUUUUGGGGCGCGUAUAAGGUUGGAAGGACCUUCUAGGUUUACAUCAAUGUACAGCCAACAAGGAAGAAAAGGAAUCAAUCAAGACUCCAUGACAGUUUGGGAGGAUUUCAUUGGGGAGAAAGAAACGUUAUUCUGUGGUGUGUUUGAUGGUCACGGUCCCCACGGCCAUAAAAUUUCACGCCAUGUACGUGACAGUUUACCCUUGAAGCUAUCUGCAUCACUUAAAUACUUACAGCUUAAUCACACAAAAUUUGGAGAUGUUGAUUCCGAUGUUGCUAAAGAUGAAGAUGAUGACGACGACGACAAUGAUAACAACAAUAUUAGCGACACCAAAGAUAUUCAUUACAAUGAAUAUAAUAAUCACCAUCUAUCUCUCGCCUCAAUAGAGGCCAGCUUUGUUAAAUCUUUCAAGGAAACCGAUCAAGAACUCAGUCAACAGUCCUCUACAGAUGCCUUUUGCAGUGGUAGCACAGCCGUUAUUGUAGUUAAACAGGGUCAUCAUUUGAUAAUCGCCAACUUAGGAGAUUCUCGUGCUGUUCUUUACACUAGAGGAGACAAUGAUCAACUUCUUCCCAUUCAGCUCACAGUUGACAUGAAACCAGAUAUUUCAAGUGAAGCUGAAAGAAUCAAGAAUUGCCAAGGUAGAGUUUUUGCAAUAGAUGGUGAACCUAAUGUUUAUAGAAUGUGGAUGCCUGAUGAAGAUUGCCCUGGUCUUGCAAUGUCAAGGGCCUUUGGAGAUUUCUGCCUGAAAAAUUGUGGUCUUAUAUCGAUUCCUGAAGUUUCUUAUUGGAAGCUAACAAACGAUGAUGAGUUUGUGGUUCUAGCAACCGAUGGGAUAUGGGAUGUGUUAACAAACAAUGAAGUUAUAAGAAUACUUACUUCUGCAAAGAGGAGAUCCACAGCUGCCAAAUUGUUAGUACAUCAUGCUGUUAGAGCUUGGAAGAGUAAAUAUCCGGGUUCCAAGGUUGAUGACUGUACAGUCAUAUGCUUGUUCCUCAAAAACCAGCCUACUACGUGCUCAAACGAGCUUGUGAAUGAAAUGAGUCCCAGUGAUGUAAACUGCUCACAGCUUGAUAGUUCCAGGCCGACCAUUACAUGUGAAAAUGAUAAUGAAUCUGAAAUUAGUAAGCUUACUGUGAUACGCUCAAAGAAAGAAUUGAGUGUUGUUGAAGGAUCAGAAAAUAUAACAAAAAAGUCACCAUCGAAGAUUCCUAGGUUUGCCUGCUUUAUGAGAUGUCAAAAAUUAUCAAUAUCAUUUUGAAAACUAGAGUUUGAUGGCAA